GGUUGCCUCUCGCAGCCAGAGUCAGUUGGGGAAAGGCUGUGGUAGUAGGGAGCGCUCGGAGCCGCCGCCAUCAUGAGGGAGAUCGUGCACCUGCAGGCCGGGCAGUGCGGGAACCAGAUCGGAGCCAAGUUCUGGGAGGUGAUCAGCGACGAGCAUGGUAUUGACCCCACUGGCACCUACCACGGGGACAGCGACCUACAACUGGAGCGCAUCAAUGUCUACUACAAUGAGGCCACAGGCGGCAAGUACGUGCCCCGCGCCGUGCUGGUGGACCUGGAGCCCGGCACCAUGGACUCGGUGCGCUCCGGGCCCUUCGGGCAGAUAUUCAGGCCAGACAACUUCGUGUUCGGUCAGAGCGGAGCAGGAAACAACUGGGCAAAGGGCCAUUAUACGGAAGGUGCUGAAUUAGUCGAUUCUGUGUUAGAUGUUGUAAGGAAGGAGGCAGAAAGCUGCGAUUGUCUCCAGGGCUUUCAGCUUACUCACUCCCUGGGUGGUGGCACAGGCUCUGGCAUGGGUACCCUUCUUAUCAGCAAAAUCCGUGAGGAGUACCCAGACCGAAUUAUGAAUACUUUCAGUGUGGUGCCCUCCCCUAAAGUGUCAGAUACUGUAGUCGAGCCCUACAACGCCACGCUGUCUGUGCACCAGCUGGUGGAGAACACAGACGAGACGUACUGUAUCGAUAACGAGGCGCUGUACGACAUUUGCUUCAGAACACUGAAGUUAACAACCCCCACCUACGGUGAUCUGAACCACCUCGUGUCAGCCACCAUGAGCGGUGUCACCACCUGCCUGCGGUUCCCAGGCCAGCUCAACGCUGACCUGCGGAAGCUGGCAGUGAACAUGGUUCCUUUCCCACGUCUGCACUUUUUCAUGCCUGGUUUUGCCCCACUCACGAGCCGUGGGAGCCAGCAGUACCGGGCUCUAACCGUGCCAGAGCUCACCCAGCAGAUGUUCGAUGCCAAGAACAUGAUGGCGGCUUGUGACCCUCGUCACGGCCGCUAUCUGACCGUGGCCGCCGUCUUUAGGGGCCGCAUGUCCAUGAAAGAGGUGGAUGAGCAAAUGCUCAAUGUUCAGAACAAAAAUAGCAGCUAUUUUGUUGAAUGGAUCCCUAAUAACGUUAAGACAGCAGUCUGUGACAUUCCACCUCGCGGCCUCAAAAUGUCUGCCACCUUCAUUGGCAACAGCACGGCCAUCCAGGAGCUGUUCAAACGCAUUUCUGAGCAGUUCACUGCGAUGUUCCGCAGAAAGGCCUUCCUGCACUGGUACACAGGUGAGGGCAUGGACGAGAUGGAGUUCACAGAGGCUGAGAGCAACAUGAACGACCUGGUCUCUGAGUACCAGCAGUACCAGGAUGCCACAGCUGAGGAGGAGGGAGAGUUCGAGGAGGAGGGUGAAGAAGAAGCAGAGUGAAGCUAUGCAGUGGAACCACCUGUAAAUUUUGUUUAAAGUUGUAUGAACUCUCUCAUUCAAAAGUUCUGUUUGUGUUGUGUUAUUAUUGCUGUUUCCGAGUCACUCCCAAUGCUGUACAGGCACCAUUAAAGCAGUUUUCACAGUGCAA